AGCAUCAGGCAACAGAGGGCAACAUUUCCCCUCCAGCUGUUGUCACCUCGCAUCACGCAGACUUUAACAACAAGGAAGUGAGCGACUCAACGGCCAACAGAUUGCUGACAAGAUGGCACCGAGUGGGCUGAAAGCGGUGGUUGGGGAAAAAAUCCUCAAUGGGGUCAUAAAGAGUGUAAAGAAGGAUGGAGAAUGGAAGGUUCUUAUCGUGGAUCACAUGAGCAUGCGAAUUCUCUCCUCUUGCUGCAAGAUGUCAGACAUUUUGGCAGAGGGGGUGACCAUUGUGGAGGACAUCAAUAAACGUCGGGAGCCCAUCUCUAGUUUGGAGGCCAUUUAUUUGAUUUCACCUGUUGAGAAGUCCGUUCGUGCUCUCAUUAAUGACUUCAAAGACGCUGCCUUCACUUACAAAGCAGCACACAUCUUCUUCACCGAUACUUGUCCAGAUGGUCUUUUUGCAGAGAUUGGGAGAUCCAGAGUUGCCAAGGUUGUCAAGACUUUAAAGGAGAUCAAUGUCGCUUUCCUCCCAUACGAGUCUCAGGUAUUCUCCCUGGAUGAUCCAAACUCCUUGUACUCCUUCUACAGUUCAAAGCCAAAUGAAGCAAAAGAAAAAAUGAUAGAAACUCUGGCAGAGCAGAUCGCGACACUGUGUGAUACACUCCAGGAGUACCCUGCAAUACGUUACCGCAAGGGACCAGAGGAGAAUGCUAGACUGGCUGAUGAGGUCUACCAGCGCCUUACUGCUCACAAAGCUGACAACCCAAGCAUGGGGGAGGGUGCAGAUAAGGCCCGAUCCCAGCUGAUCAUUGUUGAUCGUGGGUUUGAUCCCAUCUCACCUAUUCUGCACGAGUUGACCUUCCAGGCAAUGGCCUACGACUUACUAGAUAUCAAACAGGAUAUCUACACUUAUCAGUCAUCGGGCAUUGGGAAUUCAAAUGACCGAGAAGUGUUAUUGGACGAAGAUGAUGAGCUCUGGGUUGAGCUUAGACACAUGCACAUUGCUGAUGUCACUAAGAAAGUGACUGAGCUUCUUCGCACCUUUUGCCAGAGCAAGAGAAUGUGCACCGACAAUGCCAACCUAAAAGAUCUCUCUCAGAUGUUAAAGAAGAUGCCCCAGUACCAAAAGGAGCUGAGCAUGUACUCUACUCACCUACACCUAGCCGCAGCUUGUAUGAAUACAUUCAAGGCCUCUGUUGAUAAGCUUUGUGAAGUGGAACAGGACCUGGCAAUGGGAGAAAAUGAGCAAGGGGAACCACUAAAGGAUGCCAUGAAGACCAUCGUUCCUGUGCUCCUCGACAAUGACAUCAAGGCCUAUGACAAAAUCCGCAUCAUACUGCUGUUCAUAUUCCACAAGAAAAAAGGCGUCGGGGAGGAGAACCUCGCCAAGCUCAUCCAGCAUGCAAACAUACUGGCCGACAGCAACAUCAUCAACAACCUGCAGAACCUGGGCUGCAACAUUAUAGCUGGGGGCCGCAAUGCUGGGAUAACGCUGCCGGAGCGCAAGGAGCGCACAGGGAGCACCUACCAGCUCUCGAGAUGGGUUCCCAUCAUCAAAGACGUCAUGGAGAAUGCCAUAGAGGACAAACUGGACCGCAAGCAGUGGCCAUUCAUCUCUGACCCUGCGCCCAUCAACACGACCCAGACAGCAGUCAGCAGUGCACGUUUUGGACACUGGCACAAAAAUAAAUCUCCAACAGAAUACCGCUCUGGCCCUCGACUUAUUAUCUUUGUGAUUGGUGGGCUGUCACAUUCAGAGAUGCGCUCUGCCUACGAGGUUACUCGAGCCACUGAUGGGAAAUGGGAAGUGCUGAUUGGGUCUUCUCACAUCUUGACUCCAACCAGCUUCCUUAAUGACCUAAAGAGUCUGGACCAAGUUCCUAAUCCUGAUUGUUAGAUAGCGUGAACCUGAACAGGGAAUUUGAUGAUUUGACGCUGGUCUUCUGUCACUGCUCCACCGGCCUACAAAGUCAAACCAUGUUUCACUUUUUUGGAUUGUUUUGUUUUAGAAUGAUCUUUGUUUUUGUUGUAAAUUGUGCUCCAUAUACUACUGUAAUUGAAAUUGCAUUGAAAUCUUUAAUUUGACAUCUGUACCUUGAUUAUUUUACUAUUCUGCUUUAAAUAGUUAUUUUUGUUAUGUUACAAUGUAUAUUUGAUUUCCCUUAUGUUGUACUUUUAAAAAUGCAUCAUUCCCUUAAGAUCGAAACCACC